CACGUGCAAAGGUUGGCAUUUUUCAACUUUAGGCUUCUCUUACUCUAGAUUUCAAUUGCUCUGACUUUAUAUAAAUGCUAUAUAUCACCCCAUCUCUUUUUACCAUACAUACAUAUACCAACACUGAUAAAUAUAGAUAGAAAGUAUAGAUAGCAAUGGAAGGAAAUACAUCUGUGCACAGUGCGGUGUCGCCUGAGGCUCUGCAGGAUCAAUCGCCGCCGCGCGAGUCGUCACCUCCUCCUCCAGACAAUGAAGAGAAGACCACUUAUCUUAGGUUCCUUCUUUCAAAUGCUGAAGCUGGUUCUGUAAUUGGAAAAGGUGGUUCAACAAUCAAUGAUAUUCAGUCACAAUCUGGAGCACGUAUCCAGUUGUCACGCAACUAUGAGUAUUUUCCGGGCACGGCUGACAGAGUUAUCACGGUCUCUGGGAGAGUUGAUGACAUAUUAAAGGCAGUUGAUCUCAUUCUCUCUAAAUUGCUUGAUGAGGAUGGUGGUGAAACUGUUCCAGAAUCGAAAAUAAAACUGGUUGUGCCCAAUAGCUCUUGCGGUGGAAUUAUUGGGAAGGGUGGUUCCAUCAUAAGGUCCUUCAUAGAAGACUCCAGAGCUACCAUUAAGGUAUCACCGCAGGACAACUAUUACCCUGGCUUGCAUGAUAGAUUAGUGACGGUGACCGCAGUUAUGUACAAUGGUAUGAACUAUGGAGCGAAUGGAGUUGUGGGAAAGUAUCAGCAGAACAGGUUUCCAAACAAGGUGCAGGUGCAGGAUGACAACAGCAGUUCUAUUACAAUUGGCAUUGCAGAUGAACAUAUUGGGAUAGUACUUAGUGGAGCUAGGAUAAAGAUAUCCGAGAGGGGGGAUUUCAUGUCUGGGACGUCCGACAGGAAAGUCACCAUUACUGGUUCUCAAAGAGCAAUAGGCCUGGCCGAGUCCAUGAUAUCUCGAAAAAUUGCAUCGAUUAGUGAGAGAUGAUGGGUCAGUUGGCAGUUGGCAGCUAUUCUGGUCUCUGUUUGGAUGACUUUGAAAUUGUCCUUGAGGAAAUUGUUAGCGAACUGAAGAU